CCGAUGGUCAGUUGACGGAGCACUGGAGACAAGUGAGGAUCGCGGGGAACCGAUCAGAGCCGAGACAGAACAAUUUCAAAAGAGAAAAAGUGAAAUUGAAAAGCCAUUGCCUUUGCAAAAAUGAUGAAGUGGAUUUGUGUUGUGAUGAUCGCGUCUCUACUAGCAGUAGCCCAGGCCCAACGACCUGCCUUUGCGGGCAUGCGUCCACCUGGUGGCCUCAGUCAGAAGGACAAGUACCAUGCCACGCAGAAUACGGCCGUGGAGAACAUCACCGGAGUGGAUAUAGUUACGAGAUUCGGCGAACCCUCACCCACCCAGCAGACACCCAUCAUCAAUUUAGCCCAUGGUGCAGUUCAAAGACCUCCAAUUGGAGUCCCCCUAGUGCUGCCCAUCAGUGCCUACGUUCCCGACACGCAGCCAUCACGUCCAGCCGUUCCAACCGUGGUCAAUCGCUUUGGCGAAGCGGAUGCCAGCUCGCCUUUUCCAACAGCUGGUGCUCCCUUCUUCACUGCCAGCUCGCCUGUUCCCACUGCUGGCGCCCCAAUCUUCAGUGCCAGCUCCGGCUCCGGCUCCGGCUCCAGCUCAAGCUCCCCCGUUCCAGCAGCCAGUGCUCCUGCACCGAUUCCAGCAGCCAAUCCUUCUGCCGCCGCCCUCCCAAUUGAUGCCCAUGGCGACCAGGAGUAUGUGAAUCACCUAAGUACCCUGCCCGUGGAGAACCAGCCAUUCUGGUUCAUCAACUAUCAGCACAUUGAGGCUUUGAGGAAUAGCUCCAGGCCAAAUGUGGGAGCUCUGGAGACGCGGGGAUCUUUCUUUGGCGGCUAAAACUUGAAUCGUAAUUUUUCAAACUUUUCGCUUAGUUUAUACGUGUGUGUGUUAAUAUGAGAAAUUAUGUGUAUAUUUAUUUAUUUU